AUGGCAGCCACCGCUAUCCCUAUGACCCGCCUCGGCGGGCGCGCAUUCAAUUAUGAUGCCGACGAUGAGAUAGAGGCCGAGUACGACCGGCUGCGCGAACUGGCCCGCAAGGAAGGCAAGGCCCACCAACGCAAACAAGCCGACUACAACCGUCAAGCCUCCGAGCUUAUCUUCCGUGAGAACAAUGCUCCCGGUCGUGUAACCGACUCCAGCAUCGACCUGCACGGGCAAUACGUCGAAGAGGCCGAAGCCAUCCUCGAAGCUCGCAUCCGACAAGCCCGUGCCGAAGGCCAAACCCACCUCCAUGUCAUUGUCGGCAAGGGCAACCAUUCGGCGGGCCACGUGCAGAAGCUGAAGCCACGGGUCGAGCAGCUUUGUGAUGAGCUGGGGUUGGGGUAUGAGACGGAGGAGAAUGAGGGGAGGAUUUAUGUUGAUUUGACAGGAGGGAAAGGAGCUGGGAAAGGGAAGGGGAAGGCGAAUUCGUCGUCGUCAAAACCCUCAAGGCCGAGUCAUGGACGGCAGGAUGGUGCUGGGAAGUAUCAGAAGCGGCCAUCUCAGCAGGAGAGGCCACGGCCACGUCCGCAGCAGCCGCCACCGGAGGAGGAGAAGACGCCGGAUUUGUUUGAUUGUCUCAAGCCAAAAGAGGUUGAAGCCACUGUUCCCAGCAUCGUUACUGAUACGAACGAGACCACCAUCACUCCCAUUAGCGACAGCAGCAGCAGCAGCCAUAAACUUAAUAACCAUACUCCAUUAUCUCCGAGGAUGUCGCAGCGCGCUACCCGGCCAGAGAUAGCCUUCGUGGUGCUCGUGCUUUCGCUCGCAGUGUUGGGGUUUAUCAUCGCGCUGUGUAUGGCUAUGCGCAUGCGGCGGCGAAGUACCACCAUCACUACUUUGAUUCAGCAGAAGAACUCAAAUAUUAACGCCCCCUUGAACAUGAAUUUUAAUGGCAGCCACAAUAACGGCAAGUCAGCGAUUUGGAAGCAGGCCAUUCUCAGCACUGAAGACGACGGCUCCGCCGAGAGCCCCCUCGACGCUAUCGACGCUGAAGAGAAGGGUACCCAACGCUCAGCAGCAUCAGCAAACCCCUUCCGCCGCCGCUUCAACUUCUGGCGCGCCCCCCUCUUCUCCACGACUCCUUCCCCGACCAGCAACAGCAACGGUUCUUCCACACCUCACGCCAGCUUUGGAGCCUGCCUCCUUGAUGGGGGCUAUGACCCCCUCCUUCCGCACCGCAAUGUCGACCUGGAGCAAGGGUUUGGCAGGUUCGGUGAGGUAAGGGACGAGGAGGAGGCCUGCGGUGGGAGGAUGAAUCUCUUUAACCGUGGUAGUAGCAGGGCACGCGGUCGGGACUGGUCCUCUCUGAUGCGUAACCUACGGCGCGCAAGCGGGGAGAUCGCGCUGGCCGUGCAGAGGGAGCUGAUGGAGUUGGGGAGGAGGAUAUCAUCUGGAUCGGCUUCUGAGUUGAGUGACGAAGAGGGGAAGAAAAACGGGAGGGGGACACAUAAGGAGCAUUAUCCUCCUGAAGAUGUUGAGAACGGGUUGGCUGAUAGGGGCGCCGAGGGUGGGAGUUUGUCGUCAACCGGAUUGACGACUGGGGUUGUGGUUGCUGCGACGGUUAGCGCGUGGUCGAAUAUGCUGUUGGAUCGGAGGAGGAGGCAGAGGAGGACGGAUGGGGAGUGGGCGAGUGGUGAGGAGUUGGGAUCGACGCGUCGUGAGGGGAGCUUGGUGAACGGGUGCCCUGUUUGA